AUGAUCAAAGUAUGAGUGUUCUGAGUCGGCAAAGAUACUGGGCUGAAAAGUUAGUUGACCAUCUUUUCCGUUAUCAAUCUCCGCAAACAAGUUGUCCUGAGAUAUCAUCUUUAGUGAUACGCAAUCAUCUUAGUAAAAUAUAUGAUGGUUUUAUUGAUCUCGCUCAUAAAGUAUGGUUGCGAAAUAAGUUCAAAGAUGGCAAAAAAGUUAGAGUGUUUGCAAAUGGCAGAAACUUUGGAGUUAUGUUAAAAAGCAUGUUCGUAUUUCAAAAGUUGCGUGAUAGAUGGAGUAUCAAUAAAUUUUAUUGGGACGUAAAGGGACUCCGUUGUGAAACUAAAGAUUCCUAUGACCAUAAUUCAUUCUAUGACCCGUUAAUUGGCUUCGAAUUUGAUCCGACAUGUCGUUAUGGCGUUUAUGAUAUUUCAGUCGGACUGCACCUUUCUUCGUUUUUCCACUGUCUUAAUUCCAAUAUGGUGAUAGAUGCAAUUGGUCAUGCAGUGACAUUUAUUCGCUAUGCCUUAAACUACAUCCAUCAAGUUUACCUAAUGAAAACACCUGGAUCACUUGAUGAUCUUACAUCUCUUAUUGAAUUCAUGACUUCACUAAUUUUCGCAACUAGUUCUAAACCUUGUGACUUCUGCGUUCCUCGUAGUUACCUGGUAAAUUACUUCUAUGCAUUUAAUGUGAAACCACUCCUUCCAAAUCAAAAUGAUCGCAAGUACAGCACAGAAGAUUAUCAAAAUGCACUCAGAGAUUCUAUUGAUUUAUCUGAGCAGCUUCUCAAAAAGUUGGACUUUAAGAAUACUAAAAAUUAUCAUUCACCAAUCAUUCUUCGCCUAUUACGACUAUUAGUCCUUAUUGGUUGGAAUGAAUAUAUUUUUACAUUAAGGAUUGGAGAAAUUUUUGAAAAUUUGAAUCAUUAUAUUUCUGCCUACCCAGAAAGG